AUGCAUGGAAUUGAAUUAAGAAAGAAUCUUCAGUUGGGAAUCGCUCGGGAUAUUUCGCGUAAUUUGGUGAAGUUAUUUGAAGAUGGUAAUGAGAUAGCGUUUAUUGCUCGUUACAGACGGCAUCUAACUGAUAAUGCAAGUCCGGACGAUUUGAGGCAUGCAUUCGAUGCGUUCACCACUGCGAAGUAA